AUGGAACUGCAGGAGAUGUUCCGUUACGGAUACAUGUUCCCGCCGCGCGAGGACGAGCCGCUCGUGCCUGCCUGCGCGUACCUGGACCUGCCGAGCUACGCUAAGACGACUAGCAAGACCGCAGUGGGCCUGCCGCCCGUCAGCACCCUCGCCGUGCCGCAGAGCCUCGUCUACGACAGCAGCAACUGCAGCGACGGCUGGCACACCCCAAGUCCCACCGCCAGUCUACGCUCCGUCAGUCCCUCCACUACGUUGUCGAUCUCGUCAGAGCCGGAAACGGUUAACAGCGCGCCGACGUAUCGGCUACUGGGCACGGCGAUCAAGGAUAAGAGAAGUGCGACGACGAAGCGGGGAUCGUCGACGACGAUCGGUCUGAGCAGUAUCGGGAGCAAGCGGCUGCGCGUCGACGGGAUGGACCACCUCGUGGCCGAGGAGAUGAUCAAUCUGGACGGCGAGCGCGAGGACGGCGAGGAGAGGAUCAAUCUGGACGGCGAUAAAGCGCGGUCCUGCCACGGCAGCGUCAUCAGCAACUCCAGCAGCGGCCUGUCCGACCGGACGCUGGACGGCGACAGCGAGGAGGACGCGGACGAGGUCAGCGACGGAGGCGCGGAUCAUCCGGAGGACGCGCACAUCGUCUCCGGUGGACGCGAUCCUCGCAGGAGGGGCAAGUACGUCAACUCGACCAUCGUCAGGAAGCGCCGGCUGGCCGCGAACGCGCGCGAGAGAAGACGGAUGCAGAAUCUGAACAAGGCUUUCGACAGGCUGCGCACCUACCUGCCGUCCCUCGGCAAUGAUAGACAGUUAUCGAAAUACGAGACCCUGCAGAUGGCUCAAUCUUACAUCACCGCGCUUUACGACCUGCUGCAGUGA